AUGGGGGCCCAGCUCUGCUUGCAGGCGGGCGCGGCCGCCCGGGAGCCGCGGGAGCCGCUGCGCUUCCACGCCGAGGCCCGGGGCGCGCAGGUGCAGCUGGGCCCGGCGCGGAGCACGGCGCGCCGCCUCGCCACCUUCCACGACGGCAUCGUGUUCAGCCAGCGGCCCGUGCGGCGCGGGGAGCGCGUGGCGCUGCGCGUCCUGGGCCACGAGCGCGGCUGGAGCGGCGGCCUCCGCGUGGGCUUCACGCGCCUGGACCCCGCGCGCGUGCGGCCGCGCAGCCUGCCGCCCUUCGUGUGCCCCGACCUGGAGCUGCGCAGCCCCACGUGGGCGGCCGUGCUGCCCGGCGGCGCGCGCGCCGGGGACCUGGUGCGCUUCUGGCUCAGCCGCCGCGGCCGCCUCUGCGCGCGCGUCAACGCGGGCCCGCGCCUGCGGCUGCGCGAGGGGCUGCCCACCGGCGCCCCCCUCUGGGCCGUGAUGGACGUGUACGGCACCACCAAGGCCAUCGAGCUGCUGGAUCCCUCCGACAGCGCCCUGCUCACAGCCUCGCCCUGGGCCCUCCCGCUGGAGCCUCCCUCAGACCCUCCCUCAGACCCUGAAGCCCCAGCGGGACAGGAGUGUGCCGUCUGCCUCCACCACGCAGCCAACACCUGCCUGGUGCCCUGCGGCCACACGCACCUCUGCAGCUGCUGCGCCCGGCGGGUCUUCGGGGACACGGCCAGGUGUCCCCUGUGUCGCUGGGAGAUCGAGGCCGUGGUCCCUGCCCGCCCGCCAGCCCUGAGGUCUGAAGCCGGCCUCCCGGUGUGA